UCAUCCUUAUCGCUUUAUACAAACACUCGAUACUUAAAUUGUUUUACCCAUGGUGAUUGAUAUUUUAACUUGUUGCAGUGUCUAUGGUUUUCCGGGAUUUCAAAAAAAAAUUCUACAUAUUACCAAAAUCCUUACUUUUGAUAACCAUAGAUUUGUUUCUAAGGACAAUAGAAUUUCUCUAAGGAAGAAAAAAAUGUUCGUUUAGCUAGUUUCUGCUAAAUUAGGUAAUAGCCAAUUUGCGUAUGAUACACAUCAGGAUAAGUGAGCUCAAUGCAUUAAUCCUCACGUGGAAGAAAGUUGUUAUUCGUUGUGAAAAAACUUAAGCCUGCCUUCAAUAUGACGUGGGACUGUUGGCAAAAAGGCAAACGAGGAAUGACCGUUUCGGUAUUUUUCCUUGGUAGCAUCUGCCUUUCUGUAAUGCUUGCCUAUCUUGUGUUCGGCGACAGUACAGAUAAUGAAGGCCUACGUACGCUCCGAAUGAUUGGUAUAAUCUUUCGCCAUGGAGAUCGAUCACCGACGGAUUUCUACCCCAACGAUCCUCAUCGUAAUUACCCAUGGACUGGUGGCUUGGGUGCGCUUUCAGAGAGAGGAUCACUUCAGAUGUACAAUUUAGGCCGUAAUCUUAGACCUCGCUAUUAUCGAUUAUUGCCCCCGAACGGCCUUUAUUCGAAAGACCAGAUGUAUGUCGUCAGUAGUUACGCUGAACGCUGUAUUAUGAGUGCGCAGAGUUUCUUGGCAGGAUUUUUACCGCCUUUGGAGAACACCAAUCCAUUGCCUAUUCCUUGGCAACCGGUUCCAGUUAAUACGCUACCAAGAGAUCGUGACACAAUUCUUGCACAGAAGAAACCGUGCCCACGGUAUGAACAGUCGUUACAGCGUUUGAUGGGCUAUCCUCCUAAGGAAAUUCGAGAUUUGAACGAGAAAAAUUCUGUUCUUUACAAGACCUUAUCUAUAUCAACCGGACAGAAUAUCAGCACCAUACUGGAUGUGGAACUACUCUACAAUACUUUGGAAAUCGAGAAGAACGCUGGGUUAGAGCUGCCAGAUUGGACGGAGAACAUUUUUCCAGAAAAGAUGUUACCUUUGGCUGAACGCAGCUUAGCCUUUUUUACUGAAACACCCCUAAUGAAGAAAAUCAAAGGCGGUGCCAUCGUCACCGAAUUACUUGACAACAUGAUCCGUAAAAAGUCGGGAAUACUUAUACCUGAGAGAUCAAUCUUCAUAUACUCUGGCCAUGACAUUACUUUGGUGAAUUUGAUGCGAGCAUUAGGAGUCAUUGACCAGGCUACUGGAAAACCGGACUUUUCGGCCACUCUUGUGGUUGAACUGCAUCACAGCAUAACGUUUGAUGAUGAUUUCGAAGUGAAAUUAGUGUAUUACUUUAACAGUGAGGACAAGUAUCCGAAAGAAAUGGAUAUUCCGAACUGCGGCGAUCCGUGCUCGCUUACUAAAUUCAGUCAGCUAAUGGAAUCGGUUCAUAUAAAAAAUUAUGAUGAACUUUGUCAAAUUUGAAUACAAUGAUCUGAGUAAAAAAAAUUAUGUCAUUUUUUUGUUAGAGAUUUUGAUACUUUUUAAUAUUAUAUCACUUGUUAUUGUAGAUUGUUUCUAGAUGUAAGAUAGUGAAUUGUUUGUUUGAAAUAAAAAUUUGUUAUGUACUUAUUUGAAUGUUUAAUUGUUCAGUGCAUUGCAAAAAAAUGCUAUUGCUUUCUCUUCUCUAUUUUUCAUUAAAAAAAAACUCGGCAGUUUUUAAUUUAUAGCUUUAUUUGCCUGACUUAAUUACAUAUUACACAUGAAAUAUGUUUCUUACCAUACCACGCCAUUGGUACUUGCUUAAGAACAAAAACAUUCUACCGUUCUGUACUGCCUACAAAAUACAUGGUAGCAUUUAUUGGCGAUAAGUAACUCUGUUGGUCUCAGUUUUUUGUCUACCAUUGUCAGUUCAAAGUUAAUGACACAGCAGUUUCCAAGACAACGAGAACAAAAGAAGUAAGCCAACAGAAAGGUUUUUUGAGAUCGGAUCGAAUAUUUAUAAUUGGUGUAUCUUGUGAUUUUAUAAAACAAAUAAAAUGGUUUUUCUUCAGCUUAAUGUUAUUUUUGUUACAGGUAGUCUUAAUGAAUUGUUCAGCAAAUCAAAUAUGUUUCCGAUCAUGGUUUUUAAACAGCUAAAUAAGUUUCUGUAGUUGUAGACCAAAAUUUGUAAUGUAGAUCAUUCUUUGUGAAUAAGAGCAAAGAACUAGAUUAUGUAUUAUGUUUUAACACCGUCAAAAAUAUAACUUUUCUUGAAUUAGAAAAGUGUGUAUGUACUUCCUAUCCCUUUUCCUACUUGAAAACUAAGCGUGGUUAAGAUACAUAUAAGAUUAGUGUUUUGUUGAAUCCUGUCGGGUGCGAUAGAAAAUUUUGAAGUGACUUAAUCUUCCAUGCUUUCGUUUCGAUCAGGUGAAUGGUCGUUGUUUUUGGGAGAUGCCGAACGAGAUUUAUCUCGCUUGUCUGCCGAAUGGGAGCGAUCACGAGAUCCUCGGGAAUUUGAUCGCGAACGAGAAUGGGAACGCGAUCGGGAACGGGACUUGUUAUCCUUUGACUUCGAUCGUGACCGGGAACGCCGUUCAGAUUUUGAACGAGAGCGCGAACGGGAUUCAUCACGUUCUCGUUUCGGCGAACGCGAUCGUGAUUUGGAUUUUG